AUGGGAUUCCCUUACCCACAACAGUUCCAGCUCACUAACGCUAAGGAAGAGGAUUUUGCGGAUUGUGAAAAUCACUCCAUCCUGAAGUCUCGGUGGGACUGUAGGCUCUUUUGGGUCUCCUUGGAUGUGCCUUUUGAAGGAGGUCUCCCUCUCCGCUUUUUGGUUUGUCUAAGGGUUAGUGCUCUCUCUGGUUCUUUGAUAUCCCUCUAA